AUGAGCGACUUCAAAUUCAACGGCCACAAGAUCGACGUGGAUCUCAUUGCAUCCAUCACCAAACUGUUGGAUGCCAACGGAAUUCCCAAUGUCAUGUGGGGCCCUUACGUUUUGGAACGGUAUGGAGCGGAUCUUUGGAUCCAGGACCUUACUUUUGUUAUCCCUGACCCACACAUCGACAGAGCGCGCGAGAUCCUCCUCGCAGCCAACUUCCCUCCCUGCCCCGAAGGGGACGACUGUCACCUCGUCCAGCCAAUUUGCAGACUCCCGCAUUCCUACGCGCACUUCAUCCUUGACGCCAGGGGCCCAGAACCCCACGACCACAACGGCAAAACCGGGUUUUGGCAUCCGUUUCGCCUGGAGCUGCACAAAAAGUCUCGACUGCUGUGGGCGUUGCCGGACAUCCCACUAGGCGCGCCAGCCCCGGAUGAUCCCAACUACAUGCUGGUCACCGAUGAUCGGCUCGACGAGUAUAACCCAAUAUCAAGGACAGGCCGAGUGCCACAUACUCACUACCCCGUCAAAAUGCCCACGCUUCCGCGCUACGCCGAGUCGUUAGCCUAUGGCUAUCUUCGCGAGCGGAGUCCUGGGGGUGACCAGCGCAACCGUCGAGCAAGGUUUUUUCUGCGUGAGAUGACCUACAUUGGUCUGUACUCCAAGCUGGAGCCGGCUGAUCUUGAACCUCGCAUUCAACGCUUCUGGGCGCUUCGGUACCACCCCGACGGUUAUCACCCACUGUUUCGUUAUAGCACCGCACUGGCGGCGGAAUUGAGGACUGCGAAUUUCUUCCCCCAGGAGGAGGAAGAAGGAGAAGUACAGGAGAGCGCCAGUGGGAAGACAUGA